GAGUAUUACAUUUGCUCCCAGACUGUAAACCCACUUACGAAAAUAUCUUGUAAUAUAGUAAACCCAUUUUCUAAAUCAGUUCUUUGUGGUUCUCUGCAUAAAUACUGCAACUAAGUUAACAUAAAAACACAAAUAGCUGUUGACAAGCAAUAAGCACAUGUCCCUAGUUUUCCCAUCCUUUGAAUCACAUACAAGUUGUCAUGCAGAGUUAAACCCAAAUGUAUGACUUGUACGACUUGUACAGGUGGUCAACUUGUAUAUACACCUUAAGUCUCGCUAAUGAUAUGCACUUCAUGAACUGUACAACUCGUAAACCUUUGUUUCACAACUGGUGUGAGUCAUACGGGUUGUUGACUUGUAUCUACACCUGAAGUCACACAAAUGAUAUGCACUUCACCAACUGUACCACUCUUAAACCAUUGUUUCAUGACCUGUAUGGGUUGUACGGGUUGUCAACUUGUAUAUACACCCUAAGAGUAGCUAAUGAUAUGCACCUCACCAACUGUAGGACUAGUAAACCAUUGUUUCACAACCCAUACAAGUUGCACAAAAUGGAAGAUGCCAUUCAAUGGUUGUAUCAGUGCAUGUAUAUUGGACAACCCUUGUCUGUUCCACUGCUUUCUAAGGUUACUGGGGAAGUCAAUGGUAAACCUACGAAAGGUGAAGAUAACUCUGACAAAGAGCACAGUAGAGAAGUAGAAACCAAGAAAAAUACUUGUAAAACAGGCUUCUAAAUGUCUGCAAUCUAGAUGUAAGGUACAGUCAAAGAAGGCAAGGUACAUGUAUAGAGUUCUUCAAAUAUUUGUCUGCAGCAAAGUGCACAUGUACUUCCUGCGUGCUUUUGGCUGAAGGUAUAUUGAAAUGUCUUGGCUAAAAAUUUACAACUUUCUUCUCAUUCUGUCAUUACAUGAUGAUCAUUUCCUUUCCUUUACCCCUUACUCCCUCUAUCUACAUAUCCUGUUUUGCUUAUUUUCUUUGAAAACAUACAUGACUUGUGUGGUGAUAGGACCAAAGAAAAAACGACAACCAACUUGAUCAUGACAUUAGCAGGAGUGAGUCUUCAGAGAAAUCCUUACCAUCUGCCUUCAAUGUGAGCAGCAGGUUAGCAGCUAGUAAAGGAAAAUCUCUGGCUAAGUCUUUGUCAAAUGGUGCAAAGAGUCGUAAAGCCAUAAGAGAAAAGGUUUUCUCAAAGGGACAUUUCCAUUCGCCUGUAGAGAGCAAACAGAAACCCAAAGAAAAUGUUACUGAAUUCCACAUGGUGACACCAGCAAGGAGGCGAGAGCCCCGAUUUGGUGGAGCUGAAAGAAAUAAAACUGACGAGGAUAACAAUGAGAUUGAAGAUGAAUCUGUUGACAUUGUUCAAGAUUCCCUGACAUUUGCUGAGGGUACAGAGGAUGAGUGCAGCCAAAAACAGCGAGAUCAGAUGAACAGUAAUCAAGGAUUUGGCCUCAAGAAAAAAGGAGUAGGAAAAAAGGAAUGUGAGCAAGACACUGGAUCUAUUUUGAAAUAUGCUGUUAAUGACAAGUGUGCAACACAAAAAUCAAAACCAUGGCAGAGGGCAAAAGUGAAAGCAACAAAAUCCAGAGGUAAGUGCUAAUCUGAUACUAUCUUCUCUCUCCUUAGUGAGGUCAAUUAAAUGCCCAAAAGUCUACUUGCUUCAAAUUACCCUUUGUGGUUAGUGAAUGAUUACCCAAUUGUUACCCUUUUUGUGGUAACUUAGUUUCAGACAGUGGAUUGACAUUUUUUUGUGAUUUGGCAGCAAAAUUGUGCUGAAACUGUUGUGAAGUUAAGCAUAGCAUGACAAAGUGUGACAAACCAAUUUUAAAAUAGCUUUGAUUGCAUAAUUACAACUGGAAAUAUGAUCUUUGUAUAAGCCUUUGUUGUUAAAGUAUCCUUGAAAAUAUUCCUACUAUGUGUUGCAUGGAAUUUAAAAUAUAGUUUGUGGUUUCCAUUUGAAAACAUGUAUGAACACUAGUUUCUCCCAGCAACAGGAUAAGUGCAGGAUUCUGUUCAGAUUAGCACCUAGGUCCUCAGAAUUUGCAUAAGUAUUAGCCCAUAUCUGUAAAAUUGUAGUUGCAUGUCAUAAUUAGGAAACUGUACUUAUCCUUUGUAUUUUGUAUCACAUAUAUACGUUAGCUACCAUUAUCUAUAAUUAUAAGAACCUUGAUUCAAGCAAUAAAGGAGAUUCAGUUGGUUGUACAGCAGUUGAGUGACCCUCACUCCAGGUGAUAUAAAUUGCACUAAUCUAUAUAUACUACCCACCCCCCAAAAUGUGAAGGCUAUCGUUCCCUUUCCCGAACUGAUUAUGUUGCAUA